AUGGCUCAUUCAAAGACAAGGACCAAUGAUGGAAAAAUUACCUAUCCUCCUGGUGUCAAGGAAAUCUCAGAUAAAAUAUCUAAAGAAGAGAUGGUGAGACGGUUGAAGAUGGUUGUGAAAACUUUCAUGGAUAUGGACCAGGACUCUGAAGAAGAAAAGGAGCUUUAUUUAAACCUAGCUUUACAUCUUGCUUCAGAUUUUUUCCUCAAGCAUCCUGAUAAAGAUGUUCGCUUACUGGUAGCCUGCUGCCUUGCUGAUAUUUUCCGGAUUUAUGCUCCUGAAGCUCCUUAUACAUCCCCUGAUAAAUUAAAGGAUAUAUUUAUGUUUAUAACAAGGCAGUUGAAGGGACUAGAAGAUACAAAGAGCCCACAAUUCAAUAGAUAUUUUUAUUUACUUGAGAACAUUGCUUGGGUCAAGUCAUAUAACAUAUGCUUUGAGUUGGAAGACAGCAAUGAAAUUUUUACCCAAUUAUACAGAACAUUAUUUUCAGUUAUAAACAAUGGCCACAAUCAGAAAGUUCAUAUGCAUAUGGUGGAUCUCAUGAGUUCUAUUAUUUGUGAAGGUGAUACAGUAUCUCAAGAGCUUUUGGAUACAGUUUUGGUAAAUCUGGUACCUGCUCAUAAGAAUUUAAACAAGCAAGCAUACGAUUUGGCAAAGGCUUUACUGAAGAGGACAGCUCAAGCUAUUGAACCAUAUAUUACGAAUUUUUUUAAUCAGGUUCUGAUGCUUGGGAAAACAUCUAUCAGCGAUUUGUCAGAGCAUGUCUUUGACUUAAUUUUGGAGCUCUAUAAUAUUGAUAGUCAUUUGCUGCUCUCAGUUUUACCCCAGCUUGAAUUUAAAUUGAAGAGCAAUGAUAAUGAGGAACGUCUUCAAGUUGUUAAACUACUGGCAAAAAUGUUUGGGGCAAAGGAUUCAGAAUUGGCUUCUCAAAACAAACCACUUUGGCAGUGUUACUUGGGCAGGUUUAAUGAUAUCCAUGUACCCAUCCGCCUGGAAUGUGUGAAAUUUGCUAGCCAUUGUCUCAUGAACCAUCCUGAUUUGGCAAAGGACUUAACAGAGUAUCUUAAAGUGAGGUCACAUGACCCUGAGGAAGCUAUUAGGCAUGAUGUUAUUGUGUCUAUAGUUACAGCUGCUAAAAAAGAUAUUCUUCUGGUCAAUGAUCACUUACUUAAUUUUGUGAGAGAGAGAACAUUAGACAAACGGUGGAGAGUACGCAAAGAAGCCAUGAUGGGACUUGCCCAGAUUUAUAAGAAAUAUGCUUUGCAAUCAGCAGCUGGGAAAGAUGCUGCAAAACAGAUUUCAUGGAUCAAAGACAAAUUGCUCCAUAUAUAUUAUCAAAAUAGUAUUGAUGAUAGAUUGCUUGUUGAACGGAUCUUUGCUCAAUACAUGGUCCCCCACAAUUUGGAAACAACAGAACGCAUGAAAUGCUUGUAUUACUUGUAUGCCACCCUGGAUUUAAAUGCAGUGAAAGCAUUGAAUGAAAUGUGGAAGUGUCAAAAUCUGCUCCGACAUCAAGUAAAGGAUUUGCUCGACUUAAUUAAGCAACCCAAAACAGAUGCCAGUGUCAAGGCCAUAUUUUCAAAAGUGAUGGUUAUUACAAGAAAUUUGCCGGAUCCUGGUAAGGCUCAGGAUUUCAUGAAGAAAUUCACACAAGUGUUAGAAGAUGAUGAGAAAAUAAGAAAACAGUUAGAAGUACUUGUCAGUCCAACAUGCUCCUGCAAACAGGCUGAAGGUUGUGUGCGUGAAAUAACUAAGAAGUUGGGCAACCCCAAACAGCCUACAAAUCCUUUUCUGGAAAUGAUCAAGUUUCUCUUGGAAAGGAUAGCACCUGUGCACAUAGAUACUGAGUCUAUCAGUGCUCUUAUAAAGCAAGUGAACAAAUCAAUAGAUGGAACAGCAGAUGAUGAAGAUGAGGGUGUUCCAACUGAUCAAGCCAUCAGGGCAGGUCUUGAACUGCUUAAGGUACUCUCAUUUACACAUCCUAUCUCAUUUCAUUCUGCUGAAACAUUUGAGUCUCUCCUGGCUUGUCUGAAAAUGGAUGAUGAAAAAGUAGCAGAAGCUGCGCUCCAAAUUUUCAAAAACACAGGAGGCAAAAUUGAAGAGGAUUUCCCACACAUCAGAUCAGCUUUGCUUCCUGUUUUACAUCACAAAUCUAAAAAAGGACCCCCCCGUCAAGCCAAAUACGCUAUUCAUUGUAUCCAUGCGAUAUUUUCUAGUAAAGAAACCCAGUUUGCACAGAUAUUUGAGCCUCUGCAUAAGAGCCUAGAUCCGAGCAACCUGGAGCAUCUCAUCACACCACUGGUGACUAUUGGUCAUAUUGCUCUCCUUGCACCAGACCAGUUUGCUGCUCCUUUGAAGUCUUUGGUAGCUACUUUCAUUGUGAAGGAUCUUCUGAUGAAUGAUCGGCUUCCAGGAAAAAAGACAACUAAGCUUUGGGUUCCAGAUGAAGAGGUUUCACCUGAAACAAUGGUCAAAAUUCAGGCUAUUAAAAUGAUGGUUCGAUGGCUACUUGGAAUGAAAAAUAAUCACAGUAAAUCAGGAACUUCUACUUUAAGAUUGCUUACAACAAUAUUGCACAGUGAUGGAGACUUGACAGAACAAGGGAAAAUUAGUAAACCAGAUAUGUCACGCCUGCGACUUGCUGCUGGGAGCGCAAUUGUGAAGCUGGCCCAGGAGCCCUGUUACCAUGAGAUUAUCACGUUAGAACAGUAUCAGCUGUGUGCUCUAGCUAUCAAUGAUGAAUGCUAUCAAGUAAGACAAGUAUUUGCUCAGAAACUUCACAAAGGCCUUUCUCGAUUACGGCUUCCACUUGAGUAUAUGGCAAUUUGUGCACUUUGUGCAAAAGACCCUGUAAAAGAAAGAAGAGCUCAUGCCAGGCAGUGUCUGGUAAAAAAUAUCAAUGUGAGACGGGAGUAUCUGAAACAACAUGCAGCUGUUAGCGAAAAAUUAUUGUCUCUUCUACCUGAGUAUGUUGUUCCAUAUACAAUUCACCUUUUGGCGCAUGACCCAGAUUAUGUCAAAGUACAGGAUAUUGAACAACUUAAAGACGUUAAAGAGUGUCUUUGGUUUGUUCUGGAAAUACUAAUGGCUAAAAAUGAAAAUAAUAGUCAUGCGUUUAUCAGAAAGAUGGUAGAAAAUAUUAAACAAACAAAAGAUGCCCAAGGACCAGAUGAUGCAAAAAUGAAUGAAAAACUGUAUACUGUAUGUGAUGUUGCCAUGAAUAUCAUCAUGUCAAAAAGCACCACAUAUAGUUUGGAAUCUCCUAAAGACCCAGUACUGCCAGCUCGUUUUUUCACCCAGCCUGACAAGAACUUCAGUAACACCAAAAAUUAUCUGCCUCCAGAAAUGAAAUCAUUUUUCACUCCUGGAAAACCCAAAACAACCAAUGUUCUAGGAGCUGUUAAUAAGCCGCUUUCAUCAGCAGGCAAACAAUCUCAGACAAAAUCAUCACGAAUGGAAACUGUAAGCAAUGCAAGCAGCAGCUCAAAUCCAAGCUCUCCUGGAAGAAUAAAAGGGAGGCUUGAUAGUUCUGAAAUGGAUCACAGUGAAAAUGAAGAUUACACAAUGUCUUCACCUUUGCCGGGAAAAAAAAGUGACAAGAGAGACGACUCUGAUCUUGUAAGGUCUGAAUUGGACAAACCUAGAAGCCGGAAAAAGACACCUGUAACAGAUUCAGAAGAGAAAUUAGGCAUGGAUGACCUUUCCAAGUUGGUACAGGAACAGAAACCUAAAGGCAGUCAGCGUGGACGAAAGAGAGGCCAUACAGCUUCAGAGUCAGACGAACAACAGUGGCCUGAGGAAAAGAGGCUCAAAGAAGAUAUACUAGAAAAUGAGGAUGAACAGAACAGUCCACCAAAAAAAGGUAAACGAGGCCGACCACCAAAACCUCUUGGUGGGGGUACACCCAAAGAAGAGCCAACGAUGAAAACAUCCAAAAAAGGAAGCAAAAAAAAAUCUGGACCUUCGACAGCAGAAGAGGAGGAGGAAGAAGAAAGACAAAGUGGAAACACAGAGCAGAAGUCAAAAAGUAAACAGCACCGGCCUUCAAGGAGAGCACAGCAGAGCAGAGCAGAGUCUCCUGAAACUAGUGCAGUUGAAUCCACACAGUCCACACCACAGAAAGGACGAGGAAGACCAUCAAAAACACCAUCACCAUCACAACCCCCCAAAAAUGUCCGUGUAGGACGCUCUAAACAAGCAGCUACUAAAGAAAAUGACUCAAGUGAAGAAAUAGAUGUGUUUCAGGGUAGCUCUCCUGUCAAUGAUGAAAAUCCACAGGAAGAAACAGAAGAAGAUGAAGUCUCUACAGUAAAUGUGCGGCGGCGAGGUUCUAAAAGAGAAAGGCGAUGAACAGAUGCCGUUAAUAACUUUCUGUGUGAGAGCUUUGACAAAAAAUGGUUAUCAAGCUUCAGGCUGAGUAAAGCCUUUGAUGCACAAAAUGGGACUGCUGAAGAGUGGACAG